AUGAAGGAUAAUUCUACAUCUCCGGUGAGAAGAAACGACGGAUUCCAGCGCUACUUGAAACCAGGCGCGCUUGCUCAGAUCCGAAACUCGAGAAUCAACACCGGUAGAUCUUCUUCUCGGUCCCUCUCGCACCCACUCGAUCCUCCGCCCUCCACUUCCCAGAACUCUGCUGAUGAAGCGCGAAAUCUGACGGUAGACCAGGUACCACAUCUUCUGAGAAAGAUCUACGGUCCUUAUAGCUUCCAGAGGAAGAAGUUAGCCGCUGCUAGAUCUCUCCCGUCGAUGAUGAUGGUGAAUUUGAACGCUCCAGUAAAUUCAGUUAUCGAAUCAACUGGUGGAAACAGCACUGAUGUUAUUGCUCACUGA